GCGGCGGCGGCGACUUCCUCCGGGCCGGGCCGGACAGUGCACGGCCAUGGCCGAGGCGGCCGCGGCUCCGAUCUCCCCGUGGACGAUGGCAGCCACAAUUCAGGCCAUGGAGAGGAAGAUUGAAUCGCAGGCUGCCCGCCUGCUUUCGCUAGAAGGGCGGACGGGGAUGGCCGAGAAGAAGCUGGCCGACUGCGAGAAGACGGCCGUGGAGUUCGGGAACCAGCUGGAGGGCAAGUGGGCCGUGCUGGGGACCCUGCUGCAGGAGUACGGGCUGCUGCAGAGGCGGCUGGAGAACAUGGAGAACCUGCUGAGGAACCGAAAUUUCUGGAUCCUGCGCCUGCCCCCAGGCAGCAAGGGGGAGGCCCCCAAGGAGUGGGGCAAGCUGGACGAGUGGCAGAAGGAGCUCUACAAGCAUGUGAUGCGGGGCAACUACGAGACGCUGGUGUCCCUGGACUACGCCAUCUCCAAGCCCGAGGUCCUCUCCCAGACUGAGCAGGGGAAGGAGCCAUGCAGCUGGCGUCGUACUGGCCCCAAGGUUCCAGAUGUUCCUGUGGACCCGAGUCCAGGCUCGGGGCCCCCAGUUCCUGCCCCUGACCUCUUAAUGCAGAUCAAGCAGGAGGGCGAGCUCCAGCUCCAGGAGCAGCAGGCUCUGGGGGUAGAGGCAUGGGCAGCCGGACAGCCAGAUAUCGGGGAGGAGCCGUGGGGCCUCAGCCAGCUGGACUCCGGAGCAGGAGACGUCUCUACAGAUGCUGCCUCUGGCGUCCACUCCAACUUUUCAACCACUCUCCCACCCACUUCCUGGCAGGCGGACCUCCCUCCCCACCAUCCUUCUUCAGCAUGCUCAGACGGGACACUGAAGCUCAACACAGCGGCCUCCACAGAAGAUGUAAAAAUUGUGAUAAAAACAGAAGUCCAGGAAGAGGAGGUGGUGGCCACACCGGUGCAUCCUACUGACCUAGAGGCUCAUGGGACCCUGUUUGGACCAGGCCAGGCCACAAGGUUUUUCCCUAGUCCAGUCCAGGAAGGAGCCUGGGAGAACCAGGGCAGCUCCUUUCCCAGCCAGGACCCCGUGCUGGGGCUGAGAGAGCCUGCCCGGCCUGAGCGGGACAUGGGUGAGCUCAGCCCGGCCGUGGCCCAGGAGGAGACCCCCCCCGGGGACUGGCUCUUUGGGGGGGUCCGGUGGGGCUGGAAUUUCAGGUGUAAACCCCCUGUGGGCCUGAACCCGAGGACUGGGCCCGAGGGGGUGCCCUACACCUCCCCUGAUAACGGAGAGGCCGUGCUGGACCCCACCCAGGCCCCGAGACCCUUCAGUGACCCCUGUAAAUACCCCGGCCGGACAAAAGGCUUCGGCCACAAGCCAGGCCUGAAGAAGCACCCCGCAGCCCCUCCCGGAGGGCGGCCCUUCACCUGCGCCACGUGCGGGAAGAGCUUCCAGCUGCAGGUCAGCCUGAGCGCGCACCAGCGCAGCUGCGGGCUGCCCGAGGGGCACACGGGCGAGCGGCCCUUCCCCUGCACCGAGUGCGAGAAGCGCUUCACCGAGCGCUCCAAGCUCAUCGACCACUACCGAACCCACACGGGCGUGCGGCCCUUCACCUGCACCGUCUGUGGCAAGAGCUUCAUCCGCAAGGACCACCUGCGCAAGCACCAGCGCAACCACGCGGCGGGGGCCAAGGGCCCGGCCCGCGGCCAGCCCCUCCCGCCCCUCCCGGCCGGCCCCCCGGACCCCUUCAAGAGCCCGGCCUCUAAAGGACCCUUGGCCUCCACAGACCUUGUGACCGACUGGACUUGUGGCCUGAGCGUCCUGGGACCCAGCGAUGGCGCGGACCUGUGAGCCCCCCCCCCCCCCCCCCGGGCGGGCCGGGGCGCCCGGCCCCCUCGCCCCCGCAGGCCGUGCGUGGCCGAAGUCCCACUUGUAGACGUCGGGGUGGUGGUGAAAGCGGAGGCCGGAACAGAGCCUGGGGGAAGCCGAUUUCCAAGUUGCUGAACUGAUCCCUGGAAAAAGAGAAACUAUCUGGCUUCCACCUCUAAACAAAGUAGAACUCUCUGAUUGUGAAACUGAGCAGCAUAGAAUUUUAAGUAAUUUAAUUAUGAAAACUUUUUUUUUUUUUUAUUCUUGACGAAAAAAGCUGGAAAAUAGUCGUAGCACCAGUUUAAACUUUAUAGUAUACUUUUGGUUUCCGGAGCGUGUUUGUGUGGACUGUGUCCUUACCAAGUCUGACUAUGUGUGUGCCCGGAGUUGGCCGGCUGGGGACACAGGCCCCACUGAUGUCUAGGGAUGGGCUGGUGGUGGCACAGAGUUGGGGGGAGUUGAGACCCCCCCCCCAAAGCUGUGCUCAGCCUGGGGCGGGGCAGGGCUUCAAUCUCGCCACGCCACCACCUCCUCUACAAGGUGGAACCCCCCCCCCCACCUCGUGUCAGCUGGGAGAAGGACUUGCCCACCAGCAGCCAGUCCCAUUUCCCAGCUCUCCUCCAUCUGAAAAGGCCCCCAAACGGGCUGGCCUAUUAUGGGCCAUCUGUCACCCCUAUCGAAAGGGGUCUGGGUGGUGUCACCCUGUUAGGUGACUCAGAGCCUUAUAAACAGAGAGUCAUCUGAAAACCCAGUGUUAAGGCUGCAGAGGUGAGGCAGCUGAGGCGGGCAAGUGGAACCCUUCGAUGUCACAUCCCAGCAGAGCCAGGAACAAAGCCUGGCCUGCCCACCCCGGAGUGGGGCCGCUUUCCACUCCAGCGAAAUGCCUCUCUUUCCUUUUCUGUCUGUGUGGUGUUUCUUCAUUGUCAAAAUGCCUUCACUUCGCAUCUCAUUUGAUUACUGUGACCUUGUGAAGCACGCAGGACCAGUAUGCUUUCUUGUUAGAGAUGAGGAAGUAAAUUCCUCAAGGGGGACACAUCCCAGCCUCGCUCGGUGAGUGCAAGCUGCCGUGCCCGCAGUCGAGGAGGGGCCUCUGAUUAGACACGGCUCAUCCUCCUGGAGCAUCAGUUUUGGGGGAGGGAAGGUUUUCGUCUUUGCCCUCUUAAGAUUUGUGCAUCUGCCGGAGCAAAGUCGUCAGGCGUCAAGAUGUAGCUGAGCGCCCGCCCCUCCGGUGUGCGUGCUCACCACCCCCACCCGCACCCCGGGGGGCGCCCGGUGGCAGGUCUGAGAGGCUGGGCAAGGGCCGAGCGCUUGUUCAUUCCCCGUCUGACAUCUCACAGGUAGAAUUAGAAGUGGCCCAGCUUUCUUGAUUCUACCACACUGCUGUCCCUCCCACACAAGUGUCCAUCCCGUUUUGUUGGAACAGCCACUGGACUGGUUCCCUUCCCCCAAAUGGGUCACUUGUUUCCCCUGAGGAGCAAGAGACCCUGGCCUCCGUUCAGUCAGCUCCCUCAUGCGUACUUUUAUUAGGCAAUAGACUAGUUAAGAAAAUUGUUUCUAUGUACUGUAUAUUUUGUACCUGUUUACACUUCUAAUAUUGAUAUAACUGAUAUUUUGAAAAACAAAUGAAGAGGAAACAUCCUGUUAAAAUAAAACCUAACCAGCACCAAG